GGUUUUGAACAAACUUGGGCAAACUUGCUUUUAAUUAUUGUUAUGGCCAUUUGAUGUUAUAGGAUUUUCUGGGGAACAAACAAUAUAUGCUCUCCGGCCAGCUGCUAUCUCUCGUUUUUGAGGAUUCAUUCAGGAGAAUGAAUUGUGACUUGAGGAGAAAAAUUGAUAAACAUAUAGCUGAAAAGUCAAGCGAUGUGAACAUUCAGCUUUUCAUAGACAAAUCUGCUAUUACUAUGGCUCUGGAGAGAACCCUCUCUACAGGCAACUUGGAUAUCAGUAGACUUAGGGUACAUAUGAAAGGAACAACUCAGGUUGUUUCUAGGUUAUCAUUCAUUGGAUUGUUGGGACAGAUGACAAGGAUCUCACCACAAGGUCAAGAGUGUAUGAAAGCUACCGAUGCUAGUCGCAGAGCACUGCAAUCUAGUCAGUGGGGCAUGAUCUGCCCCUGUGACACCACAGUAGGUGUUGCUUGUGGGUUGGUAAAAAACUUGGCCUUGAUGACUCAUGUUACUGCUGAUCAGGAUGACAGCACGUUUCCUCUUCUGUGCUAUACAUUUGGAGUGGAGACUUUGGAACUGCUUCCGCAAGAUCUUUUUACUAGAGAUUCCUACAUUGUUAUGUUAAAUGGAGUUAUCAUAGGCAAGCACAGGCAGCCAAAGAAAUUUGCUGACGAUAUGAGGAAGCUACGACGCUCUGGCAGGAUGAACAUGUUUACUAGCAUCUAUGUGAAUGAAAAGCAGGGCUCGGUCUGCAUUGAUACAAGUGGUGGACGUUUGUGCCGUCCACUUGAAAGAGUUCUAAAUGGUGUUCCUAAGGUUAAAGAGCACCAUGUGAGAGAGUUAAAGGAUGGUGUCCGUGACUUUUAUGAUUUUAUAAAAGACGGUCUUGUUGAAUAUGUAGAUGCAAACGAAGAGAACAACUUACUGAUUGCUCUACUUGAAAAGGAUAUCACACAAGCGACGACACAUGUUGAGAUUGAUCCAUCUACAAUCUUAGGUGUAUGUGCUGGUUUAAUACCUUAUCCUCACCACAACGACUCAAAAUGCAACACGUAUCAGUUUAACCGAAUGGAUGCUUUGACAAACAUUUUAGUUUAUCCCCAACGUCCUUUGCUAACCACGAAAUCAAUCGAACUGGUUGGGUUUGAUAAGCUAGGAGCAGGGCAGAACGCUAUAGUUGCUGUGAUGAGCUAUAGUGGCUAUGACAUUGGGAAUGCUAUAGUAAUGAACGAGGCUUCUUUGGAUAGAGGCCUUGGUCGUUGUGUAGUGUAUAAAAGAGAAUGUGGGAGUUCUUCAUCUAAAGAAGUUGGGCCUCAGGAGCCACAAAGAUGGGAGAUUGAAAAGGAGGCAGUAGUCUUCAGUUACAAAAGCCAAAAGUUUUGCGCCAAAAAACUGAAACGUCAAACCCGUAGGCCUGAAGUUGGUGAUAGGUUUAGUUGUAGGCAUGGGAAGAAAAGUAUUGUUGGUCUAAUAGUAAAACAAGAAGACUUGCCGUUUACAGAAUUUGGCAUUUGCCCAGAUCUGAUUAUUAAUCCUCAUGGAUUAAUUGGCCCAACAACAGUGGGAAAGAUGAUAGAGCUUCUUGGGAGCAAAGCCGGUGUCUCUGUGGGUAAGUUGCUUUACGGCACCGCUUUUGGCGAUACCAGUGGGCACGCAGACACUGUUGAUGAUAUCAGCAAAAUUCUGGCCAUGCACGGUUUCAACUAUCACGGGAAAGACUUUCUUUACUCAGGUAUUACUGGUGAACCACUGCAGGCAUUUAUCUUUAUGGGGCCAAUAUAUUACCAAAAGUUAAAACAUAUGGUAAUAGAUAAAAUGAAAGUCUGUGGCAAAUCGUAUCGAUGCCUUUUCACAAGACAACCUAUUAAUGGUUCACGUGUGGGUGAAAUGGAACGUGAUUGUCUGAUAUCAUAUGGUGCUAGCAUGUUAAUAAAUGAGCACUUCAUGAUAUCCAGUGAUGCUUUUGAGGUGCAGGUAUGCCGAAAAUGUGGAUUACUUGGGUAUUAUGACUACAAGCUGAAGGCUGGAGUUUGUUCAAUGUGUAACGAUGUGAAUAAUAUGUCCAGAGUGAAGAUGCCUUUUGCAUUCAAACUACUAAUCCAGGAGCUACAAUCAAUGAACAUUGUCCCCCGGUUAAAGUUAGAAGAUUGAUAGGUUGGAGGAAUGGAGAUUAGGCGAAGAUAUUCUUUUUCUCAUUUUUUGCUCGGUUCGCUUUGUAAAGGGAUAAUGAAGUUGGUUUGCUAUUCCUUUGAAGAUUCUUCUCUUACGCUCUUGGUCAUGAG